AUGAAGUUUUAUCAUGAUUCGGAUUCUGAAGAUUACUUGGAGUUUGCCAAUGAUCGCCUUAAAGAUAUUUGGCUUAGGAAUCGUGAAGUUUACUUUGAAAAUACAACAUACGCCGAUAGAAUCUACAGGUAACAACUAAUUACCAAUAAUCGCUAUGUUUUGUUUCUGAGAUUCUUAAUUAUAUACGACGACAGAAUUUAAUUUUAAUUUUAGCCUUCUAGUCAACACUUCCUUGUGCUACAAUUCGAGCCCGCAAGGAAAUUGCCACGACUUUUUUCUCGGCCUUUCUCACAGCUUAUGUGUUGAGCCAGUUGUUGAAAUCGAAUUAAAUUUUGUGUUUGAGGAGUCUGAAAGUGAAAUUAUUUCGACCAAAUUUGAGAGCAUUGGAUACCAGGUAAAAGCCAAAGCUUCAUUACCAAAUUAAAACAUCUAGGCGAUGACUGCUAGACAAUCGAUAGGUUGUCAGUUAUCACUGACCAUAUCAAAUAACCAGAAACAACAUAUCGGACGGCCACCCGCUUCAACAGUCUUGAAAUUUUAUACGGACCGUAAAUAUUUUAAUAACGUAGGUUUGUAUUUCGCGCAAUUCUCAUUGUUUAUCUUAACUUGGUUAGUGAUCGUAUGAGUAUUUCAUUUUGGGCAGCUCGAAGUUUUUGUUUGUAAUUCGCUUUCUGUUUCUUUCUUUUAACCUCCUUGGCGGAUAAAUGGAUAAUCUCGAUUUCUUUUCAGAUGGAUUUUGAAAGAUUUAAUUAUCAUACUAUUUGCUAUGACAAAAAAACGAACCGAAUUUACUUUGUGGAGAUCUGCAACAGGAGGAGCCUUUCUAUCAAGUAUUUCACUCCGGGAAGCGAUCAGAAAACGAUGAUUUGGGAGACUAUCGCUUAUGAGCCUUACGCUUACGAGGUUCGGCAACUUUCCGCAGACGGAGAUAACGUCUUCUUCGUGCGUUCAGAGGGAGGAAUUACUCGUGUUCUGUACUUUAAUUUGGCAACAAGAUUAUGCCUUGAACACUCAAUGGGUGGCGAUCUUUUAAUGAUUAUUCAACGAGGAAGCAAGUUAAUGGUUCAUUGCGAAAAAUCAACGGCGCUUUUAACAGUCGGCAAUAAGAUUCGGAUAUCUUGGAAAGAAGAAACUAGUGAUAUGUGUCAGAUGGAUGACACAACCUUUGUCUUAGCUGGUUGUGGACGAGUGAAGGUAAGGUUUGAUGGCUUCUAUGACAUGGUUUUAGUUUCAGUUUUUAAAAUUUUGAUUUAAGUUUGCUCGUUUCGUCAACGAUCGUCUUGUCAUUCACAAAACGCAGAUUCCAGCUGACAAUAAGACCUGCAUUGGUAGAAGAAGUGCCAAUGUAUUCUCAGUAUGUGAUGGAACUGAAACCACAACCCAAUACAUCUUUGAGAUCUUCAACGGCGACUUGAUUUGCAACCAAAUUUAUCGUCGGAAAAAGGCCCGAGUGCGUGAUUAUUGGUUCAACUGCUUGUUUGCUAAAUAG